AUGCCAAUCCUAGAGAAAGCCACAAAAAAGAAAGAAAAUGACACUCGCAGUCAAGACGAUGUGGCACUGCCCAAACUUCCGGUCCCACCACUGCAACAGACGCUGCAUAUGUAUCUUCACUGCAUGAAACAUUUGGUGUCAGAAGAGCAAUAUAAGAAAACAAAGGUCAUAGUGGAUAGAUUUGGAGCACCAGGGGCCCCAGGAGAGCUUCUUCAGCAAAAGCUUCUAGAAAGACGGGGGGAAACAGAGAACUGGGUUUUAAACCACUGGCUAGAUGACAUGUACCUUAACAACCGGUUGGCUCUUCCAGUCCAUUCCAGCCCUGCAGUUAUCUUUGCUCACCAACAAUUCCAAGAUGUAAAUGAUCAACUGAGGUUUGCUGCCAAUCUCAUUUCUGGAGUUCUUGAUUAUAAAGCUCUGUUGGACACCCAUGCUGUACCUGUUGAUUUUGCUCGUGGACAGCUGUCUGGUCAUCCUCUCUGUAUGAAGCAAUACUAUGGACUCUUUUCUUCCUAUCGUCUUCCAGGACAUACCAAAGAUACCCUCGUGGCCCAGAAAAGCAAUAUCAUGCCCGAACCAGAACAUAUCAUUGUUGCUUGUAACAAUCAGUUUUUUGUUUUGGAUGUUGUCAUUAAUUUCCGCCGUCUCAACGAGGGGGAUCUAUUUACUCAGUUACGGAAGAUAGCCAAAAUGUCAGAGAGUGAAGAAGAGAGGCUGCCUCCAAUUGGCCUCCUGACAUCUGAUGGAAGGACAGAGUGGGCAGAAGCCAGAACAAUCCUCGUUGAAGAUUCCACAAACCGAGACUCUCUGGAUAUGAUUGAACGAAGCAUAUGCUUAGUAUGCCUUGAUAGCCCGAGUGGGGAGGAACCUACUGAUACCAACAUGGCUUUGCAGCUUCUACACGGGGGAGGCUACAGCAAAAAUGGUGCCAAUCGCUGGUACGAUAAGCCCAUGCAGUUUGUUGUGGGAAGAGAUGGAGUCUGUGGAACAGUCUGUGAACACUCUCCUUUUGAUGGGAUUGUCCUAGUACAGUGCAUCGAACAUUUGCUCAAGCACAUGAAAGAAGGUGCAAAGAAAUUGGUCAGAGCAGAUUCAGUGAGUGAACUUCCUGCUCCAAGGAGACUAAGGUGGAAAUGUUCUCCUGAAAUUCAGGGACAUUUGGCAUCAUCAGCGGAAAAACUUCAAAGGAUGGUGAAGAAUCUAGAUUUUAUUGCUUAUAAAUUUGAAAACUAUGGAAAAGAGUUUAUCAAGAAGCAGAAGAUGAGCCCAGAUGCGUACAUCCAAGUAGCCCUACAGCUGGCAUUUUACAAAUUGUAUGGGAGACUUGUUCCCACCUAUGAAAGUGCUUCCAUACGGCGGUUUGAAGAGGGAAGAGUAGACAACAUUCGAUCUGCAACUCCUGAAGCUUUAGCUUUUGUAAAAGGAAUGACUGAUAAAAAAUUGUAUCUGCAGGACAAUGAGAAAAUGCAGCAAUUUAAGGAUGCAAUAUCAGCUCAGACCAAUUACACUAUUUUGGCUAUUACAGGAAUGGCAAUAGACAAUCACUUGCUGGGACUGCGAGAGAUGGCCCGUGAACAUUUCAAGGAACUGCCAGACAUGUUUACUGAUGAAACAUAUUUGACAAGCAAUCGAUUUAUUCUCUCCACCAGCCAGGUUCCAACCACCAUGGGAAUGUUCUGCUGCUAUGGACCUGUGGUUCCUAAUGGCUAUGGUGCCUGCUAUAAUCCACAGCCAGAACAUAUAUUAUUCUGCAUUUCAAGCUUUAAAGACUGUAAAGAGACGUCCUCCAGCAAAUUUGCUAAAGCUGUGGGAGAAAGUCUCAUGGAUAUGAAAGAGCUGUGCAACAAAUGCAAGUUGCCUAAGACAAGCACCUCAACUGAACAAGAAGCACCUUCAACGUCUCAGCCUGGUCGUAAGCACUAA